AUGAUUGUAUUACAAUCCAUCUCAAAUGUAAACUCCAAAAUCAUCUCUGAUUUCAAGUUUGUUGUUGCAGAAGGAGAUAACGCCAUAGUGGGAAGGUACUUGGUAAUGGCUGUGAUGCGUUUUCCAAGGCCAUUGAUUCUCCCAACUGAUUCACCGCCGUCAAAUCUUCCUCUGCUUCCUUCGGUUUUCAUUGAUUCACCGCCGUUAGUCAUUGAUUUACCACCGUCAUCCCUUCCUUCGGUUUUCACCCGGAUCCAUUCUUCAGCCAUCGGAUUCACCAUCGAUUCAGAUUCAGGCAUAAAUGGUUUAGAUGUGGAACAAUGCUUCCCUAUGCAGAAAAAUAUCACUAUGAAACUGACAAACAAUCAGAUAUCUCCAGGUGUUUGGUUCAUUGGUCUUUUCAAUGGCAUUGGACCUACAAGAACACAGUCGAAGAUGAUUGUCCGAGGUCCAGCAUACUCCUUUGCUGCCAAUAUAACUGUGGAAGCAUGUACAAAUUCAAUGAUGAUGGGUGAUUUCUGUAACAGUCCCGUUUAUCCAUUUUCAUGCACAACAUCUAAUGUCAAUAGUACUUUGAAAGCUACAACGGUGAACGAGACAAUGCUGGAAAAUUUGAUGACCUGCAAAAGUAGUUUGAAAACUUUUUGUGCUGAUGAAAGCGUAUCAUACAUUUUCUCCUUUGAUAUAAUAAAUGUGGCAGACGAAUUUACUAUUAUGGCAAGUGAUGUCAAAUUCAAUGUCACGCCUUCAAACAAAACAUCUGGUGCAAAUGAUGUCAGUUUAAUGUGCUUUGUUCGCCAUGGUUCAAUGCCUUCAGUUGCUUCGUUCGAUUACUCCAGUGAUUUAAGUAAAGUGCCGCUGGUUAUUCAUUCUCCAUUAAUCGGUCGUUGGUACAUUACUAUUGUACCGAUCGAUCCUAUAAAGAUACAAGAUAGCAAUGUAAGGGUUUGCUAUUCAGUGGAAUCUCAUGUGCUUCAAUGCCCACUUGGGAAGGCUGGUCCAAAUUGUACAAUGGAUAUUUACACGCUUCAGACAUUUGUACGGAGAGGUCCAACUCCCUUUGAAUCAUAUUAUUUACCGGUUAGCGCUGGAGCAUCUUAUACUUCUGCCAAUUUCCCUCUUGAACCACUUUUGAGUUACUCAUCAUACAAUGGCGAACCUGGUAACAUUUGGACUUAUUUACUUUUGGACAUUCCUCGUGGUGCAGCCGGAGGAAAUAUUCAUGUACAACUAUCCUCAGACGUGAAGAUCAAUUAUGAAGUUUACAUUAGAUUUGGUGGACUACCAUCUCUUAUUAACCGAGACUAUCAUUAUGUUAACAAGUCAAUAAAAAGCGACACAUCUAUGUUUUUCAUGCUAUAUGAUUCGAGUGAUGACAAGAUCAAUUUCUAUAUUAUGUAUGCUAGAGAAGGAACUUGGGGUUUUGGUCUUAGAUAUCUUAAUACCAGCCACGAUCCUUCAAAAGGGCCAACUGUCAUGUCUCUUUCGCUUGAACGAUUCCCGAAACGUUGUUCCUCUCACGGGGACUGUAAAUUUUCUUUUGAUGCAAGUGGCUUGACAUCAUACAGCUUCUGCUCUUGUGAUCGAAACCAUGGAGGCAUCGACUGUAGCAUUGAAAUUGUAUCACAUCAAGGGCAUAUACGACAAUCAUUUUUUCUCAUUGUAUCAAAUGCUGCGGCCAUACUUCCUGCCUAUUGGGCCCUUCGGCAGAAGGCAUUAGCAGAAUGGGUUUUGUUCACAUCUAGUGGAAUUGCUAGUGGACUAUAUCAUGCUUGUGAUGUAGGUGCUUGGUGUGCAUUAAACUUUAACGUCUUACAGUUCAUGGACUUCUGGCUCUCUUUCAUGGCUGUGAUUAGCACUUUUCUUUAUCUAGCUACCAUUGAUGAAGUAUUGAAGAGGGCAAUCCACACAGCUGUUGUUAUCCUUACUGCUCUAAUGGCUGUAACAAAUGCAACCAGGUCUUCCAAUGUUGUUCUUGUGAUGGUGAUUGGUGCUCUUGGUCUCCUUAUUGGAUGGGUUAUAGAGCUGUCAACAAAGUAUAGGUCCCUUUCAUUUUCAGUUAGAUUCUCACUUGAUUUCUCUCAGAUUUUACAGGUGAUAAAGCGAUGGAUAUGUAAUCUUAUUGGAACACUUCUAAGACGGUAUCACUGGCCUUUUGCAUUAGCUGGUUUUUCUGCACUGUCACUGGCAAUAUUAAGCCGGACACUUGAAACCAGCGAAAAUUACUGGUUUUGGCAUAGCUUUUGGCAUAUUUCAAUAUACACAUCUUCUUUCUUCUUCCUUUGUUCAAAAGCAAAUAUUCGUAGUAACAAUUGUAAGGUGUUUGAUAUCUAG